CCGGGGCCCGCGCAGUGGAAAAAUUGGAGCAGCCGGAUGUUGGGGAUUGCUUCCUCGCGACGCAAUGGUACCAGUUUCGUCGGCGCGCGAGGUCACCUGUUCUGUCCGCCUCCUCCCGUUCAGCGCUCCUCCUCCCCUACCCGAACUUGCGCCGAAGAGAAAGAAAAACCUCCACGGGCUUCAUCUGAGGAGGGGGCCUCUCGUGAGGUUGCUCUCCUGCCCUCCUGGACAUCCCCAUCCUGCGGGCUCCCCUCCAGCAAGAGGGCGAGUCUGGGGCGCGCCCGAAGGGGCGCGCCCGAGGGCGCCCCGCAAGGAAGCGAGGUGUCCGCCCUGGCGUCCUGCCUGCUGGCCAGGGAGGUCAACGCGUUCGGGCGCGAGCUGCGCUCGGAGGGCGGAGGCUCCAGCCUGCUGGCGGCCCUGGAGGCGGCGCUGCCGAGCGUGGACGCCAAGCUGCGCGCGGGGAAGCUCAACGCGGGGAGGGUGCUGCCGCUGUCGCUGCACCCCUUCGCGGGCUGUGGCUCCACCGCCUGCGUGGCGGCUGUCGACCUCGUCAGGCGCGAGGUGGUGGUGGCUAACAUCGGGGAUUCCCGCGCCAUCCUCAUCCGCAAUGGGAAGGCCAUCGCGCUGUCCCAGGACCACAAGCCCGAGGACAAGAAGGAGCGCUUCCGCAUCCAGGCGGCCGGGGGCCGCGUGGAGCAG